UUCGCCGAAUAAAGAAGAUUUAAACAAAUGCGGAAAGAAACACCGAAGGGGGAAAUCUCGGCGGGUUUUUGGGGUAAGUUUUUGAUUUCGGCGUGUCCGAUAGAGGGUACUCAGUGGGGCGCCAGCUCAAACCCUAGAGCUCGUGACAGGAUUCUCUGCUGCAUUAAAUCCCCAAAGAUCCCAAGAUCUCCUCUCCUUUGAUUAUUUGAUCGCUGGCCAUCGAAACCUCCUUUUUCUCCUCGUUUCUUUGCUGCAUUCCUUUCUCCGGAUCCGGAAUUUAGGUGAUUCAUGGGUGGAUUUUUUGCUGAAUUAUGAGAAAAAGAUCGUUUUUUUCCGGGUCAAAAGAUUGGAGAUCUUCUUUACGUUAAUGCGUGUUUUUGGUGGUGGUGAUAGUCAUUGGACUACUGAGGAUGCUCUGAUCCGCAGCUACAAUGUCUUCAUAAUUACCGGUUUAUGAUUUUUCGGGUGGGGGUAUAAUUUGAUGCUCAAGUAUGAAGCCCGAAAAAUCCUGGGUUUUGGAUGACUAUUUUCUCUUCUCUUUUCUAUUUAGAUGGAAGCAGGACGCGUGCGGCGUGCAGCUUUUGGUUUUUCUUAAGGUUAGCGAGUUCUGGACUGCUACUAUGUGUUGGAUUUGUAGUCUAAAGUCACGUUCUGGUUUGUGAGAGAAAAUGGUGGAUAUACGUGUUGGUCCAAGUGAACUUCACCUGAAGAAGGAGCUUACUGCACUUCGAAAGGCACGGUAUUUACGUGACCCUGAAACUUGUUCAUCUUGGAGGUCCCCCUUAAGUUCCAAAUUGUUUGCAGUGACUUCUAGUUUGAACAAUGAAAAUGGGAUCAGGAGGAACCUAACAGGAAAAAAUAAUUGUGGUGCAUCACUGGAACCACCUUCAAGAAGUGAAAACAGAAGGAAAAAUGUCUACCUUUAUAAUUGGAGGCAUCAUUCUAGUAAAGCUAGUGGCAGUGGAAUUAAAUUGGAUGAUGAUGACAGGCAAGAAUCAGUUGAAGGGAGUCCAGAGGACAGCUUGAGCUAUCCUUAUGAUUUAGAUUCUAAGAGUGAUACUUAUCUUCAAGCUCCUGUAAACGUUUAUAGGUUUGCAGGAGCAAAUUCAGAGACUCCAGUUAGAAGAACUGUGAAACAGGCGAGAAAAAGUUCUAUUUCAAAAAAGGGGGUAAUUAAGCAUUCAGCAGUUUCAAAGCUUCUAGAUCUUCCAUCCAGCUUGUUAGGAAUUCUUGACUCAGUUGAGCAGUCCGAUGAUACUGAGAACUGCAAUUCUGAGGAUUUAUGGCAGUUAACAAAUGGGCUAACACAGAAAACUGGCUACCUGUCUCGCACUGACUCACCUUUGUUCUCUGGAUCUGGAUGUGGGAAUUGGUCAUGUUCGUCCAAAAUCCGAAGAAGUACUAGAAGGGAAGGUUCAUCUCAUUCUUAUACUCCUGCCUCAACUAGCUCUUACUGCAGACAUUAUGGAGCUCGAAACCCCAGUACUGUUGGGUCAUGGGAUGGAAGUGCUGCUUCUUAUGAUGGGGAUGAAUUGGACCAACCAGACUUACCAAGGCACCAAGGAUGUGGCAUUCCAUGCUAUUGGCCAAAGAGAGCUAAAGACACAGGCUGUGGAGGUUUUUAUUCUCCUUCACUUUCUGAUACUUUAAGGCGAAAAGGUAGUAGUAUUCUUUGUGGGAGUCAGACAUUGUAUAAUAAGAAGAGAUCAUCUGGUUCCCACAAGCAAAAAUACCUUUCAAAGACUUCCCAAGGUUUGCCACUAAUGACUAACAGUUGUGAUGGAGGUGGUUCAUCCUUAGAUACAGCUAGUGAUGAACUGUCCACUAACUAUGGAGAGCUUGAUUUGGAGGCAAUGAGCCGGUUGGAUGGAAGGAGAUGGUCUAGCUGUAAAACCCAAGAGGGAGUGGAAUUAGGCCGAACUGAAGAGGCCGAGUUGGACAUCACAGAGCAAAGAAGCUUGAGCCAGAAGUAUCGGCCAAGGUCUUUUGAUGAAGUAAUUGGCCAAAAUAUUGUCGUUCAGUCACUUAAUAAUGCCAUCUUUAGGGGUAGAAUAGCCCCUGCUUAUCUGUUUCAAGGCCCACGUGGGACAGGAAAAACAUCAAUUGCAAGAAUAUUUGCUGCAGCCUUGAACUGCCUAUCUACUGAAGAUAACAAACCAUGUGGCUUCUGUAGUGAGUGCACCACUUUUUCUGGUGGAAGUGGAACAAAUUUCAGAGAAGUGGAUGCCACCAAUAAGAAGGUUAUAGAUGGAAUUAGGUUAUUGGUAAAAUAUUUGGCCAUGGCUAAAACAUUUUCGCGAUACAAAGUCUUUGUCAUUGAUGAAUGCCACAUGUUAUCUUCCAAAAUGUGGUCAGCCUUUACGAAAUUUCUUGAGGAACCACCACCUCGUGUUGUCUUCAUAUUCAUAACUAUCGAGCCAGACAACUUGCCCCAAGCUAUUGCAUCACGGUGUCAGAAGUACAUUUUUUCGAAGGUUAAAGAUGCUGAUAUAAUCCUCCGGUUGAGAAAGCUUUCUGCUGCAGAAAACCUUGAUAUUGAAUUGGAGGCUCUAGAUUUGAUUGCAUUAAACUCAGAUGGUUCACUUCGGGAUGCAGAAACAAUGCUAGAUCAACUGAGUUUGCUAGGAAGAAAAAUAACCACUUCUCUUGUUAACGAUCUAGUUGGGGUUGUCUCAGAUGAGAAAUUACUUGAUCUUUUGGAGAUAGCCAUGUCAUCAAACACUGCAGAAACUGUCGAAAGGUCCAGAGAGCUGAUGGAUUCUGGUGUUGAUCCGAUGGCUCUGAUGUCUCAAUUAGCUGGGCUCAUAAUGGACAUUAUUGCUGGAACUUACCGGUUGGCCAACUCGCAAUGUGGUACUACAACUCUUGGCAGGCGAAGUUUAACUGAAGCUGAAUUAGAGAGGUUGCAACAAGCAUUGAAGAUUCUUUCAGAUGCCGAAAAGCAGUUAAGGCUUUCAAGCGAACGCUCAACAUGGUUCACUGCAGCUCUUCUACAGCUUGGCUCUGGCCAUAAUCUGGAAACUAAUCAAUCAAGCAGCAUCUGCAAACACAGUGCUAAAAAAUUUAAUGAUAAUGCAUCUGAAAUGGUCAAAGACAUCCCACUUUGCAAGAACAAGUCUCAUCCUUCACUUAUGCCUCAGGAACUAAAUGUAGGUUUGAUUCCUAGAUCGACCAAUGGACAUCCAAGCCUUAAUGGCUCAUCAUCAUCAUAUAGAAUGACAAUGAAUGAGAACUUAAUCUGUGAUGUGUUGCCUUCACAUAGUAGAUUUGUCGAUAGAAGCUUACUGGAUUCCACACAGACAAAUGAUGCCCCAGGAAAAAGAGUUGUAAGGUGUGUAAGCCCUGAGAAGUUGGCUGAGAUUUGGAGAAGGUGCAUCCAAAGAUGUCAUUCGAAGACAUUGAGAGAAUUACUUGGAGUUCAUGGAAAGCUAGUAUCAAUCACUGAACAUGAAGGCAUUUUGGUUGCUUUCAUGGCAUUUGAGGAUAAGAAUAUAAAACCCAGAGCUGAGAGAUUCUUGAGAAGUAUCACAAACUCAAUGGAGAUUGUGCUGAGACAGAAUGUAGAGGUCAGAUUAGGACUUUUGACUGAAACUUUCAUGUCAAACUCUCCAAUCAACAACCUGACAGAAGUAAUCACAAACCUGGAUAAGGAAAGGAAGGUAGAAUCUGAUAUUUUAAACAAAUCUUCUGAUAAAGAUGGACUCAAAGGGAACCCCAACAUGACUAGGAAAAGUUUGGAUCAUUCUGAUGGAAGGAUGCAGAGAACACAAGAGAAUAGCUCUCAGGUGGCAGACAAAGACUUGCAAGUGGCAAUUUUUCCCAUGUUUUCUUCAGAAGGAAAUAAUGGAGCUAGCAACACCAAAGAGACAGCCCAGGAGUUUUUAAUGCAAAGGACACACAUGACACCUACUGAUGAGCGAAGGUUGGAGAAUGCAUGGCUUCAAGCUGCAGAAAAGUAUAGGCCUGGAUUUGCUAGUCUUCCAAAACCUGAGAAGAACCAAGUUCUGCCACAAAAUGGUGUCACUUGUCAGAACCAAAAUCAGUCUUCUGCUGCACAAGAUAUGUCACUAAAACAAUGGGAAAAUGAAUUGAAUAAUGAGAUUAGAACUUUAAAAAUCAGCUAUACUCAAGGGCACCAAGAGGAACAAUUUGUUGGGAGCGUCAAUCACUAUGCCAUUUCUCCUAGUUUGUUACACAGUAACGGCUACAAUACCAAUUUUGACAGAGAGAACCUGGGGUAUGAAUCCGGACCUGGUUGUAAUGGGCUCUUUUGUUGGAAAACUCGCACACCUCAGGGAGGAAAGGUGAGACAAGGAACUCGUGUACGGUCACAAAAGACUUGUCGCCUUUCAUUGUAUGGGCUCUGUGGGAAGUCGACAUCGAUUGAAAGCAGAUUCAGGAAAUGAUUAAACAAAAUCAGAAAUAUAAAACCUCUGAAAUGCAUUUCUUCUUGCACCUUGUAUAUUUUCAUAGAGCCAUUCAUUCUUCACAUAUAGAAGGUAAUUUGAUGAGUCUGCCAUCUCUUCAGAUUUUGCUAGCUCGAGUCAUUUUCCAUAGGGAACAGAAUAAAAACGAUGGAAAACCAAGACAAAUUCCUUCCAAUAUAUUCGCUUCAGAACAGGUGGCUGAUCGAGUUGGUUAUUCUGAGGAGAAUGCAUUUACUCUUCAUGCUGGAGGCAGAUGCUGUAGUACAACAUUGAUGAAUUGUGUCAUUCAAAUUUCUAGUUUUUUUUGUACCUGCAUGGUGUUAAAUUACCAUGCAUGUACUAUGAUGGUGCUUGCAUCACGGAAUGAAUCAUCAAUUAAAAUGUAUUCUCCCACUUAUAUGGAAAAUGGAUGAACAGAGCACUUGCACAGGGUUAAAAUGAAUAAAUGAUGGCCCUCUUUAACAUUAA